AUGCCCUAUAACAAGCUCCAGGUCAGAUCUCUUCGAAACAAAUUCUUGAGCCGUUGGUAUCAACGAACUGGCAUUCUUUGCAUAAUACCAUCCAUAAAAUCAAACGACCACACUGAUCUAGCAAUUCCAACACUACACCAUGCGCCUUUCACAAACUCUUCAGUUCGUUGCUGUUAUUUCUUCACGAGGAAGUGUUUUCUCGAGUAG